AUGUCUGUAAGCGUUCGAAUCGUGUUAAUUGUAAUCAUUGGAUGUGGAAUAACGGUUCAGAAGGAGUCAGAAAAGGGGGAACCUUCAAAACCUUCUAUAGCCAUUGUCGGCGCCGGUAUCUCUGGACUAUCAACCGCGCGUCGACUGAUUGAACUCGGAAUUGAUAACUUCGAUAUCUAUGAGGGUCUCGACCGGAUCGGAGGCAGAAUACACGCCAUUCCUUACAAGGAUGGUUUCUUGCAAAUGGGAGCUCAGUUUAUCAACGGAGCUGAAAAUCCAUUGUACAAGAUUGCCAACCGUCUCGGAUUGAUUGCCGACGUGGUAUCUGACACUGCUCAUGUUGACAAUGCACACUUCGCUUUCGGAAAUCAAAAUGUUCAAGAAAAAGACAUCAAGACAUUCUUGGAUUUCACUUCGAAGCUUGAUCCAAAGUACAGAAGCAUUGCAAAGCAUGACGAGAAAACCGCAAGGCGCUACACUUUCAAGGAGAUCUUCACUCUGGAUUACAUGCAUUUCUUGAAAACUCAAAACUUCACUGAUCAACAAAAGAAUGUGUUCGACUCGUUGGCUCGAUCUUUCCGAUCGUAUUGGGAGUUCGAGUGGGCUGCUGACUGGAGCACGCUCAGUGUACACGUUCUCAAGGAAUGGAAUGACUACGGUCCGGAAUGCGAGUCAUUCGCUACCAAUAAAAUUGGAUUCAAAGCAAUUUUGGAUGAUAUUGCUGCUCCGAUCCCUAAGAGAGCAUUCAAUUUUAAUAAACGUGUUGAGAACAUCAACUUGAACUCAUACAGUGGAAGAAUGCAACUGACAGUGAAUGAUCAUAUUGUUCCAACUGAAUAUGACUUUGUUAUUGUCACUUCUUCACUGGGAGUUCUCAAAAAGUAUCACCACAAAAUGUUCACUCCGCCGCUUCCACGUCAGAAGAUCGAGGCGAUUGAGAAAAUCGGAUUUGGAGGUUCAUGCAAAGUUUUCUUCGAAUGGGAUCAACCGUUUUGGUCAAACAACACUUAUUCUAUCGCACCACUUCCAGUGAGAGGAAUGAUUAGUGAGAAGUUGGAUGCAUUCGAGGAAGAGACUACAAUUCUUCAAGUUGUCGACUGGGCUCCAAACGUUUUGAGUGCGUGGUAUGCUGGACGUGGACACCAAUUGGUAGAUAACAUGUCAGAAGAAGAGUUGAAACAAAGAAUGACUCGACUAAUGAGAGAAAUGUACAACGACGAGUCGAUUCCUCCGCCAAGCAAGAUCAUAAGAACUCAGCUAACAAAGAACGAGUUGCUGCUUGGAUCCUACUCUUACAUGACUCAAGUUCAGGCGCUAUCCCACAUUUCUCAUUCCCAACUAGCGAUUCCAGUGAAACUCGAAGGAAGACCAAAGAUUCUAUUUGCCGGAGAGGCUACUCAUCACAGGCUGUUUCAAACAACCAUUGGAGGUUAUUUGAGCGGUCGCCGAGAAGCUGAUCGUGCAGUUAACGAUUGGUUUGGAAAUGGACACAUUUUCAAUCAAACCAGAAAAAUGGAAGUGGAGGACGACACUUUGAUUCACGAGCAAAGAAGCGUCCCAUAUAUUUCGCAACCUAUUACAUCUAUCUAA